GGAAGGCUUCUGUACUGCAUUCACACCCAACCAAUAGCAGCGCUGCUCCAUUUUACAGCUGCUGUCUGUGUCAUUGCAGGCUGCAAGAAGCACUGACCUCAAGCAGGGCAUUUCCAGCAUCUCUCCAGACAGACACACAGAUGCCAGUUUUUGACCCUCACAGGAUAACUAAAUAACCUAACAAUGACAGCCCUCAAUUCCAGCCAGCUCUGGCACCACCCAGCUGACUGUGCAGUAGCCUGCCUCUUCCGGGACAUCUCCUUGCAGGUGCAGCAGGUGUACCCCUUCCAUGAUGGAUGGAACAUGGCUUGCUUUGUCAUCCUGCUCCUCUUCAUCCUCACUGUGGUCUCGCUGGUGGUGCUGGCCUUCCUCUAUGAGCUGCUGGACUGCGGCUGCUGUGAAAAGGAGAAGACCGCCAAGGACCUGCGUGAACAGCCGGGUCCCCUGCGUUCCAUGAUGGACAGUGUCAGGAAGCACAGGGUGGAGAUGGUGUAGCCCUCAACCCACAACCUCUCUGCCACCAAUGACCUCUAGCUUUAUAUUUACUUGUAGAACGAGGGCAAGCAACAGUGGGGAAAAGAGCUGAAACCUGGCUAAGCAAUUCUACCACAAGACCAGCCCAGCCCACAAAAAAACAUCAUCACUGCAAGAAGUAAAUACAGUUGCCUGCAUUAAAGUUACCAUUAUAGUGUGUGUGAGAGAGUGAAACACUAUAUUCACUAACUACUUACCACACCAUGUUUAAUUCAGAGUUAUGGUCCCUCUUCCAAAUUGUGCACAAUCUGCUUGGUAACAUGUGGGUGUGUGCAGCAGGCCUUGCAAAAUUUGUUCCAGUAAACCAUUAAAUUAUACAUUUUGCAUCAAUACAUUUAUACAGCUUUAUAUUGUAUAUGUAAGCAAUAAGGCACGACAAGGUGUGGGAUAUAUUCUAAUAUCUACACGCCCCAGGUGCGUUAUAAGUCACGAGGCGUUUAACCACCCGGGGCGUGGUGAUAUUAGAUUAUAUCCCACACCCUGAAGUGCUUUAUUGCGCUUAUAAAAUGGGUCAACUAACUAAAUAGAAAAAACAACUAAAAACAUGUUUUAAUUGACAAAAAAGUCAUUUUUAUUAAAUAUCCUUCCGCCUCUGCCUGAUCUAAGAAAAAACACUCCCUUAAAAGUUAAAAAAAAACAACCAUUAAUUAAAAAAUGAUUAAAACAUUUUUUUUUUGAUAAACAUUGAACUGAUUAAAAACAAGAAGCACCAUUAGUACACUCUUAGUACAGGCAGAGAGGAUUUCCAGGGAUGGAGUAAAUGGAACCUCUGAGUUUUUCUUUAUUUGAUUCAUUAUAAUUCUUGUGAUUCUUGGUUUGUUCAUAAAAUGUUAAAGUGAAACAUUCCUGGACGAUUUCAUCAUGGCAAAGCACAAACGAGUCUGCUUUUAAAUCAUGUCUGGCCAUAUUUAGUUGCACAUCGAACCAAACCUCUCACAUAGUGCUGGGGAGGUUUUUAAUUUUUUUGAAAUCGUCCUUUGUGAUCCAAGGGUAGUGACAGGACGUAUCCAUGCCAGAUUUGCAGGACCGCUUCACAGUGGCAACAAAGAUGUGUUUGCAUUUUGAAAUGCUCUGUCACUAUCAAAUUCACUUUGCAGUUUAUUGCUGGACUGUUUAAAAAAAACAAUUAAGACCGACUCGUAGGGUCAUAUAGCUUGAGAUUGAAUACUCCAUUCAGAAAUAAGGUCAAAGGUAACGACUGUCAGUGUCUUGCUCAUGCAGAGAUUACCACAGAAAUAAAAAAAAAUCUACAUCAAUGAGAAUUUAAUUAUUAAAGUAGAAAAAUAUAAUGUUCUUUAUGAUGCCAGUGUCUGUGGUUAUAAAGACAAUAAAAAGGACGACAUGUCAAUAGCAGAACAAUUGGAAAUUGAUGGUAUGUCUAUCUCUCUUUAUUUCACCUUAAUUUUAGUCAAAGUGAUGGGGAGCGCCACACACUGGUUUCGUAUUUCUGUAAAAUGAUGCUUCUUUGUUUUAAUAAUGUUGACCAAUAAUAAUAAACACAUUAGCUCUUUUUACAAGCCGGUGGUAUUCCCUAAACUGUUUCCUUUUUUUAGUGUGUGGUGUUCCCAUGCUCUUCUGUGUUUUAUUUAUUUUAUUUCGUCUCCACAAAAGGAGCAAAAGGAAACAGUCUUUUCUUUUCAUGACUAGCUACAUUUUUUUGUACUCGUGCUGUAUUCGUGUCGUUCGCUUCGCUCCCGAUGUGCAUACUGUAUUUUGUGAAAAUCUAAGAUUUAAUUGCUGAACGAUAAUGUUUUUCAGAUGUAUCUGUCAGGUAACACUUGAAUCACCAAGUUUAAACAAAACAAACAAAAAAAGAGUUAAUUUACAUGUAUUUUUUCACAGAUUUAUUUGUUAGAAAUGUUAGCUAAAUGUUGACUUGCCAAGCGUAAACAAAAUAUUUAAAUUCACGGAUUUAUUUGUUAGAAACCCAGGUUUAACAUGUCAAAAUGUUCACUUGAAGUGUAAAAAAAGAUUUCUAGACUGAUUUCUAGACUGAUGUUGAGUUUGUGAUCCGCAUGUGUAUUUAGCUAAAUCUGGACUUUUUUUGUGGUUAAGGAAAAAAUACGCAAUUUACAC